AUGUAUACCGAACGCAGGAGUGGCUAUGAUAGAAUUAUAUCUGUGAUGAAUACCACCCUGCUGUCUACGCCAGAAUCAUACUGGGGCCAGUUCGAAGAAAUCUCCAAAUACAAUACUCAUCUGAACGUGGUCGAGAGACUAUGGACAGCAUGGUAUGCCUGGAUGCAAAAUGACGUUCUUGCAACUGGAAUAAUGUCUUUCGUAAUGCACGAAAUCGUAUAUUUCGGACGCUCCCUUCCUUGGAUCUUUAUAGACACUCUCGGUCUGUUCAAGAACUACAAGAUUCAAAGCAACAAAAUACCAUCUUUACGGGAGCAAUGGGAUUGCGCGAGGUUUGUGCUACUCAGCCACUUCACCGUGGAGUUGCCACAAAUAUGGCUUUUCCAUCCGAUGGCCCAGUUUUUUGGCCUGUCUACUUCUGUACCUUUUCCCUCUUUGUGGACUAUGGCUUAUCAGAUAGCGAUAUUCUUUGUCCUGGAAGACACGUGGCAUUACUUUUCCCACCGUGCGCUCCAUUGGGGGCCAUUGUAUAAAGCCAUCCACAAGAUCCAUCAUCAAUAUUCCGCACCUUUUGGUAUGGCAGCUGAAUAUGCUUCUCCAAUUGAAGUCAUGAUUCUCGGAUUUGGUACUGUUGGUUGCCCAAUUCUGUGGUGUGCAGUAACCGGUGAUCUGCAUAUCUUCACGAUGUACAUCUGGAUCGUCCUGCGGCUUUUCCAGGCCAUUGAUGCGCACAGUGGCUAUGAGUUUCCAUGGAGUCUUCAUCAUUUCCUUCCUUUCUGGGCUGGCGCCGAUCACCAUGAUCUCCAUCACGAAAAGUUUGUAGGAAACUAUUCCAGCAGCUUCAGGUGGUGGGAUUACCUUCUGGACACUGAAUACUCCCCGGAGGCUAUCAAGAGGAGAAGAGAAAUCAAGGCAGUGAAGGAUCCCAAGAAGGCUCAGUGA